AUGAGGCCCCAGCAGUCAGGCAGCGAAAGUCGCCACCGAAAACCGAAGCCGCGUCAAGUCAAUCCCAUCACAGCCGCAGUCUCGAAAUGGAUCACCACAACACUUGCCUCUACAAGUCCCGGCAGUCAUGAUGAUGACCAGGACUCUCGAAACGAAAGGCUGUUGAGCUCGGCGCCGAAGCGCUUCACCGUCUAUGAGCCUCUCGCCUUACUCCCGACGGGAAGCUUCGCCAGCGAACCGUGGGCCUCUUUGCUUCGGGCCUGCGACGAAGAAGCCCGUGAUGCGCUAUGGACGUCCAUCCUGGAGCAUAUAUCCAAAGCUGGACAGGGCAAGGUCACCCAUCUUGCCGUGAACGAGGGCAUUCCGCUGCACAAGGAUGGAGAAGAAGAAGAAGAAGCCGUGAACGUGCGCAGGAGUCCGAGCGGACUGAAGAUGCUCUUUGGCGAUUUUGGACCUGCGGGAGUCGUAGUCGGCGAGGAGCCUACGGAGAGGGACUUUGAUGAGGCGUUUUGGGUCGGGACGAAGCAGAAUGGGAUCAUGCAGACGUGGGCGCCCAGAUGGACCAUGUUUUCGCGGGGGAACGUCAAGGAGAAGGCCCGCGUCUUGGGAUUCAAAAGCCCUUCUUCUGAUAGAUGGGCAGUGGAUCUGUAUGCCGGGAUUGGGUACUUUGUGUUUUCAUAUGCCAAGCUGGGGAUGAGGGUUCUGUGCUGGGAGAUUAAUCCCUGGAGCGUGGAGGGGCUUCGACGAGGUGCCCUGGCGAACAAGUGGACUGUCAAAGUCGUUCAAGGGGAGGAGUUGAGGAUGUCGAUGGAGACCCUGUUGGCUGGGGGAGAGCAGAUCGUCGUCUUUCUGGAGAGCAACGAGAGGGCCGGGGGACGCAUACGGGAGGCGCACGAGAAGGGGCUUGCCCGCGACAUCGAGCACGUCAAUUGCGGGUUUCUGCCUACGAGCGAGCCGGUGUGGAAGAGCGCGUGGGAGAUGACGGGGUUGGCGACGACGACGACGGAGGCUUGGUUGCAUUUGCACGAGAAUGUUGGGGUGGAGGAUCUUGAAUCUCGGAGGGCUUCCGUUCAGGGCAUACUUGAGGCGUGGGCUGCUGAGGAGGAGGAUUCUUUAGGGGCGCAGUCGAGGGUGCCGAGCGUGGAGCAUGUUGAGCAGGUCAAGACGUUUGCGCCGGGGGUCUGGCAUUGUGUCUUUGAUGUGUCUAUUAGAGGGAGUAAAAGUAGUAGUAGGUAG